AUGUCAGACACACAUGAUGAUAGAGUAAAGCAAUUAGUGGAGUUUUUAGAUCCAUUAGUGGAUGAUAGUUUUAAAAUUAAAUUCAACGAACUAUCAAAAUAUUCAAAAGAAGAAUUAAAACAACAUACACAAAAACUUGAAGAUUGGGCUUUAGCAUUAGGUGUAGCUGAACAAAAACAAUUACAAACUGGUAGAUUAUUAGGUAUUAUUUCUGAUUUUAACGAAUUUAACUGUGAAAAUACAAAUCAUCAUCAACAACAACAAAACCACCAAAAUCAACAACAACAACAACAACAACCAAAUGGUAUUUUUGAAAAUAAUAUAUGA